CACUCAGCACAACGGUCGUUUUUUAUUUUCCCGGAAAAUUCCUUCUUUUCCCGGAAAAUUCAAUCUUCCUUUCUAUCACCGGCAUUCUUCUUCCUUACAAAUCUUUUCUUCAUUCUUGUUUCCCUCUCUUUAGGGUUUUGCAAGAUAAUCACAAUGGUGGCCGUGGGUGAUGAUCACAGAGACCAGUUUCCUAUUGGAAUGCGAGUUCUUGCUGUUGAUGAUGACCCAACAUGCCUCAUGAUUUUGGAGGCUAUGCUCCGGAAGUGUCAAUAUAAGGUUACUGGAACUGAUAAUGCAAUAACCGCACUGCAGCUGUUGAGAGAAAACAAAGACAAGUUUGACUUGGUAAUCACCGAUGUCCAUAUGCCUGAAAUUGAUGGAUUCAAGUUUCUUGAGCUUGUGGGACUUAUAAUCGACAUACCUGUUAUAUUGUUGUCUGUAAAUGGCGACUCGAAUAUGGUGAUGAAGGGAAUUACUCACGGCGCUUGUCAUUAUAUGCUGAAACCUGUCAGAGUUGAGGAACUAAAGACCAUUUGGCAGCAUGUAAUCAGGAACAAGAAAAUUGGCUCGAAGGAAAAGGAAGGGACCAAAACCAGCAGCGACCAUGAGACACUUAAUUAUAGCGACAAUGGUCAAGGGUCGGCAGCCACACCAAAUUCAGAUCAAAAUGGAAAGUCAUCCAAGAAAAGAAAGUAUCAAGAUUUCGAUGACGAGGAGCAUGAGAAUGGUACUGAUAGUGGGGACUCAUCAGCUCAGAAGAAGCCUCGAGUUGUCUGGUCUGGGGAGCUACACCAAAAAUUUCUCGCUGUUGUCAAUCAGUUAGGCAUUGACAAGGCUGUCCCUAAAAAAGUUCUUAAAUUGAUGGAUGUUGAAAACCUUACAAGGGAGAAUGUGGCCAGCCAUCUGCAGAAAUAUAGACUUUAUCUGAAAAGAAUUAGCUCUAUGGCGAACCAACAAGCUAAUCCGAUAUUGGGUUCCGUUUCUCGGAAAAAUGCUUUCGGAUCCAGAUUAAACACUCCUGCCAUUCAUUCUUCAAGAACACUCCAGGUUGAUCAAUUUGAAUACAGCAAGGGUGUUAGUCAUAUUCCAAACCAGAACAAUACCUUCAUGUUGGAAGAAAAUCAAAGACCUAGUGAGUUGAGUAUCUCAAACAAUGACUUGGAAGAUAAUUCCCAAGACAAACAAACGGGAAGAGUUUCAACUUCAUUAGCCCCUCAAGAUUCACAAUUCUCUCUCCCUCUGCUGGAUAAUGACAGGUCAAAUGAUGUUUGCUUAACUGAGUAUCUUGCGAAUGAAUGUUUUGGACCAGCUUCUGUGUCUUGUACAGAUAACAUGACUCCUGUACCCUGCAACAUAAGCUGUAAUGCUCCAUAUGAAGGGUGGGAUAAUCAUAAUCAGAAUAGCACUUACCAUUCUCAUGUUAGUGGUAACUCACUAGGCUCUACGAUUCCUGCGAAUGGUGAUCCAGUAAACUCAGCGUUCAAUUUUUGCGAUCCCUUGCAAAUGGACCAUGAUGAGAUCAUUGAAUUAGCUGAAGAGUGCUCAAUUAAACCACAUCAGCUACAUGUAAUAGACCAGCAGAGGUAUCAAAACAGUAGCAUCUGUAAUUGUCUUGGCUCCCCUGAAGACUUGGACAGUGCAAUAUUGAUGAAACAGGUUGAAGAAGAGACAGACAUCAUGUUAAAUCUAGAAGAUAUGAUUGACUUCACUGAUAUAAUUGACCUCACUCCUUUUCUGGACUCUUCAACUACAAACUAAAUAUUGCAACAAUUAUUCUAGCGAUACACCUGUGUGACAGCAAAUUUGGUCAGCCGUAUAUAUAUGGACCGUGUCCUUCUUGUUUAUGAAUUUCGUAUUAUGACAAGUACUCUUCCAUUUACAUUUAUUUUAGCAAGACCUUUCUCAAUUGUGAAAAUGCAUUGUUCAUGGGCCAGUUGCGUAUUAUGGAUUUGAUCAUGUUUAUUUUUUAGCAUCAAUUAUAGAACCUUCAUGGGCUAGUGGCGCAUUAUGGAGUUCCAUGAAUGAAUUGUGAAAAUGCAUUGUAGCAUCUAUUAUAAUAGAUAAUUUCUAAAUCGCGAGUUAUUGUACUGACAUAUUUUGUAAAGAAGCAGUUUUGCAGAUUUAGAGGAAAAUCAGUAAUUCAAUGAUUUAUUGCACU